AGGGCCGCAGCUGGCCUCGUUUUGGCCGCCGCCGCCGCUUUGAGGCGGAGUAGGAUGAGGCCCGCGGCCGCGGCUCCGGCGUCUGCAGGAGCAGCAGCAGCUGAGGCAGCAGCUGAGGCAGUCGCGACGGUCGCGCCCCCCCCCUCCUGACCUGGAUUAGGCCCAGCAGCUCCGUGGCCGCCGCCGCCCCGCGGGGGGGCGGGGUGGGGAAGUGUUUCGUCUCCCCGCCCGCCCCCCCCAACACCGCCUCGCUGGGGGCUACUGUCGCGACCCCGCCGGAGCCCGCGGCCCAGCCUUGAGCCCCCGCCCCCGGGGGCUGGCAUGAGCGGCCCUUCGGCGGCGCCGGGGGGCGGGGGAGCCGCCACCGCCUGAGCCCCGGCCUGCCGCCCGACCCCACCUCUCAGACCGAGGCUGACCGGGGAGCUCACGGAGGACCCCGCCACUGCUUUCUUCCCACCCCUCCCCCACUCCCAGAUCACACACCCUAGCCCCGGAAGAUGGGGAACUGCCUCAAAUCCCCCACUUCGGAUGACAUCUCCCUGCUCCACGAGUCUCAGUCCGACCGGGCUAGUUUUGGCGAGGGGACGGAGCCGGAUCAGGAGCCUCCGCCGCCAUAUCAGGAACAAGUUCCAGUUCCAGUCUAUCAUCCAACACCUAGCCAGACUCGCCUAGCAACUCAGCUGACUGAAGAGGAACAAAUUAGGAUAGCUCAAAGAAUAGGCCUUAUACAACAUCUGCCUAAAGGAGUUUAUGACCCUGGAAGAGAUGGAUCAGAAAAAAAGAUCCGGGAGUGUGUGAUCUGUAUGAUGGACUUUGUUUAUGGGGACCCAAUUCGAUUUCUGCCGUGCAUGCACAUCUAUCACCUGGACUGUAUAGAUGACUGGUUGAUGAGAUCCUUCACAUGCCCCUCCUGCAUGGAGCCAGUUGAUGCAGCACUGCUUUCGUCCUAUGAGACUAAUUGAGCCAGGGUCUCUCAUCUGACUUCAAGUGAACCAUCAUUUUUGGUGGUUUUGAUCUUUUGUCACUGAGCCCAAAGAGCCAGGGAUUAGGAAUUAAGAUCAUGCACAAAAGUUUCCUAAAAAUUCCUGAAUGGCUGCAGAUGUUGAGGGAAAGUAUGUCAUAUUUUAGAAAUGUUAGGGGGAAAAGUAGGAUGGUAUUUUUAUGUAAAGCCUUGACCCAGUGUUUAAAAAUAUAUAAUUGUAUUUAGGUCUUGUUAUUGCUCCACUACAUAGGUAAUUGUGUAAAGUGUUACAGCAGCUGUAUAUGUUUAAAUUGUGUGUGAAGAUUAGGAAAAAGAUAGUGGUUGUUUUUCCUAAAUGAAAUAACUUUUCCCCACCCAAAUUCUUUUCUGAAGUUGCUGGCAUUUGGGUCAAGGUUUUAUUAAAAGCUACAUUUUAUAACACUGGCACAAAAAAAUAAGUAGUUUUAAGCUUGUUUGCACAGUUCUUUUUUUCCAUUGGAAAUGGAAUUCAUUGCCUUAGGUCUUUUUAAAUAGUGUAUUAUUAUCGUUGGGGCUGGCUCUAUGCUUGAAAACCAGUUUAUUUAUAACCUGUUAUAAGUGCUAUAUCUGUUUGCAGUUAGGAAAUGCAGAAUUCAAAGUGAUCUCCUAGCUUGUAAGCAAACUGAGAUGCACUAUCCCUUUCUGUUAAAAAAAAAAAAAAUUAGUUUAAUGUGUCAAGAAACAAAUUCUGGUGAA